UUAUCGCUUUCCCUAAUAUCCUUUCCGUUUAUCUAUCCUUUUUAUCUAUUUACCUACCGACUUAUUCACCCCAUCUUAUAUGCGACACAAAUAUUCCGCGUGAUCAAUCACAAUCAAUUGCUUCUGUCUCCCUUCUCGAGGAACCGUCGUUGGAGCAUCUCGCGCGUAAGGGCACUUGAGGGCUGACCGCUGACGAAUUAGAGACCUGCUGCCCUCUCGUCUCCCUUAACCUAUAUUAUAAAGGAUCAAUGAACGUUGUCGCACGUACGCGCGAGGAACAUUUUUCGUCGCAUCGCCAGUCAGAAUCAGACCGCGACUAACCGCGACUCCGCGAGAGCAUUUGAGAACGACCUCGCUCGCGGAGGUUGGGAACUCGCGGAAGUGUUUGGUCGGGUGUGUUUGCUUUUAUGUCGAUGAGCCGGACGAUGGAUGAGAAGGAGGAACUGGUAAAGAAGGCCUUAUUUAGUUUUGUUAGGAAGCAGGUACCCACCGCUCAAUUGAGUUUAAUAGAUGACAUUGUGCUCAGUUAUGUAGUGAGUAUGGUAGAAGAAAGUGCAUUGGAAGAAAAUUUAGAUGUGGAUGGACUAUGCGAAAUGGUAUCUGCCUGCCUUCCUGAGUUUUCUACUAUCGAGAAAGAGGCUGUGUCGAAAUGGUUGCUCGAUGUAGAAAGUAAGUUGAAGCAGGAGAGUAAGGAGAAUGAAAAUUGCCAGUCCCAUAGUGAUCCGCUGAAUCACAUCAGUCUGGCUGCUUUACUGCCGGCCGGUACACAAAGAAUGCGAGUCCAUCAUCUCUCGGAAACGAGUGACGCUGGAAGCGAUUCCAGUGGAGAAUACUUUUCAGAAGAAUCUUCUUGGCAUCAGGUGGCUCUACUGCAAGAGAUGUUUCCGGCGGCAAGUCCUGCCGAAGCGAGGCAUUGUUUAGCAGUGGCUGGAGGCGAUAUAGCGAAAGCCGCGCAACUCGCAUUACAUCGUCAGGAAGCGGGUCAAAGCAUCGUGAGCAAUCUCACGUUUCUAACGCCCAAUGGUCGUAAUAAGGCAAGAUUGAACGAUGAGGAGUUGAAGUCUCGUAUUAUCGCACGAUAUAGUUAUGUUGAUAGGGACGACGAUUGUCGCGAACACCGUCCAGUCGCGCCGAAAACAGAGCCUAAGAAGUUGGUACGGUAUCUUGACAAUAAGAUCGUAAGUGUAAAGGGUGAACGUUAUACGGAAGUACGAAGGGGUGGCGAGGAUGAGGAUAACGAAGGUGGUAGGAAGAGAGGCCAUUGCCGCCCGUAACCAGUCCCUUUGCCUCCACCCCCUGAUCCACCCCCUUGGAGGCAUCUAAGAGAUUUUCGAUUAAAUCUUUAACUUAGAUCAUUUCCAUCUUAUCCAUAUAUAAAAGUAUAGACAAAAUAUUGAAUUUAAAAACGUUUACAUUUCUGUUGACGUUUCAUUUUCAUAUGCAU